GCCUAAAAUAAAACCAGUGUCUUCACUCUUCACUUCAUCCAGUAACCGUUAACUGAAUGGCUACAACACCACAACAAGUUAUUGAGCCACUUCCUCUUCAAAACCGAGUCGCAAUCAUCACCGGUUCAUCCCGCGGAAUCGGUCGCGAAAUCGCUAUUCACCUGAGUUCACUCGGCGCUCGAAUCGUCAUCAACCACUCCUCGUCCAACUCACUCUCCGCCGAUUCGCUGGCCGCCGACAUCAACGCCACCUCUCCCCUCCCUCGAGCUACCGUCAUCGGCGCCGACAUCUCUGAUCAAUCUCAAGUCCAAUCCCUCUUCGACUCCGCCGAACGCUUCUUCAACUCACCUAUCCACAUCCUCAUCAACUGCGCCGGAGUCAUUGAUGACACCUAUCCAUCCAUCGCCAACACUUCAAUAGAAAGCUUCGACCGCGUUUUUGGAGUGAACGCACGCGGUGCGUUUUUAUGCGCGCGUGAGGCAGCUAAUAGACUCAAACGCGGCGGUGGUGGGAGGAUAAUACUAUUUUCGUCGUCGCAGGUUGCGGCGUUGAGGCCGGGAUUUGCAGCGUAUACGGCGGCGAAGGCGGCAGUUGAGACUAUGACGAAGAUUUUAGCAAAGGAGUUGAAGGGAACUGGGAUUACGGCGAAUUGUGUUGCACCGGGACCGAUUGCGACGGAGAUGUUUUUUGGAGGGAGAACGGAGGAGCAGGUGCAGAAGAUUAUUGAUGAGUCGCCGUUAGGGAGGCUUGGUGAGACUAAAGAUGUUGCUCCUUUGGUUGGGUUUUUGGCUUCUGAUGCUGGUGAAUGGGUUAAUGGUCAGAUUAUUCGAAUUAAUGGUGGUUAUGUUUAGUAAGGUUUUAAAUUACGGUUGAUUGCAGUUUCAACGUGAUAUUCAAUGUUUAGCAAACAUGUGUCAUAGUUUAACACCAUACACUUGGUUACUUUCUCAUUUGUUCUCAAAUUGUUAUUGUUAUGAUGUCUACAUGCCAUAGUUGUGUCUGCAUCAAUAUUUCGUAGGCUACAAGCCUGCAAUGUAGUCAGUGAUCCCACAAACUUUUGUCUAUCUUAUUGUUUAGAUGAAUAAUGAUCAAUGUUACGUAUAUCGUCUUAAUGGUGCUAAUGUUCAGUAAGGUUUCAUUGUGUGAUUGAUGUUGCAAUUUAAUCACAAUCAUUGAUGUGUGAAAAUUUGCAGAUGAUAUGGCUGAUGGGGCCACAUUUGCAGUUGUAGAUCUCUCGAAAACCUUCGCAUUGCCCCUAUGAUGGCGAUUUUCUUUUGUUUGGAUUGGCAAAAUGUUAUAUUAAAUUAGUAGUUAUCCUUGGACCUAUAUUGAAAAUCUUGUAUUGUUUAGGUUACCACGAGUGAUCAAACUUAUAUCGAAGUUGUUUAUAUUCUUGUAACCAAAUUCUCAAAUCAAAUUAUUGAUAUUUUGGGAC